UACAUGGUAGCAAUCCCGUCAGUAAUAAUAAUAAUGAUUUAUCUAUCUAUCUAUCUUUCACAGGUAUCGGGAUAUACGACGUCGGCCUCCUGUUCCUAGAUUCAGAUAUUCUUCAAGACGUGCACAUCGACUACACCUGCCUGCCUGAACCGAGCGUGGUCACUGCUCCCGCCACUAAAUGCGUCGUCAGCGGCUGGGGCAGUGCUGAGUACAAGGGCCCUAUGGAAAACGUACAGAAGGAGAUGAACUUGCCCGUGGUGGACCGUCAGACCUGUCAGACCAGUCUCAGGGCAGCACUGAAUAACCCGCAGUAUGACGUGGAUCCCACUCUUAUCUGCGCUGGCGGGAACGGCAAGGAUACUUGUACGGGAGACGGUGGCGCUCCCUUGGUGUGCCCAUACCCGGACGGGCGCUUCUACCAAGCCGGGAUCACAUCUUGGGGCCACCAGUGCAACGAAAAGGAAGUUCCAGGAGUGUACGUAGACGUGGCGUCUGUGAGGCCGUGGAUCGACGAGCAAGUCAGGGCCAAGGGAUACGAUACCAGCUAUUAUACUCAUUAAAUGAGAGAAACUAAUAAAGUAUGCAAA